AGGAGCCCCACACUCCAGAGAUAGAUGGGUUCCCACGCAGCUAGAGGUCAAGAGCCCAAGUUUCCCAUUUCUGCACGGUAGCUGUGGGUUCUGAGGAGGAAGCAGCUGUGCCAGAGUCUGACCUGGGAUUUCACCUGCUUAAACCAGGCUUGUGUGGGCAAUAUAAACCCCUCAGAGCUGCUGCAGGACUGCUCUCCUGCCGCCUGCCACGGCAGCCUGUCCCUGAUGGCUCCCCGCAGGCUGCCCCUGCUCGCCGUGCCGCUGGUGUGGGGCUGGCUGCUGGCCUCCUCCUCCUCCUCCCCCAGCUCAGUUGCUCCCCCACGGGACCUUCGGAUCACUGACCCCGGGCUCCUGGGCUCUCUGGAUGUGGAGUGGAAGCCUCCGCCCCACGGCCAGGCCUUGGAGGAGUGCACAGUAAAAUACAAGUUUGAAUAUCGCAGCACUGGGGAUAGAGACUGGAAGGUUAUUUUUACUAGGAAGCUAAAACUCAGAGUUGGAUUUGACCUGAGCAGGACUGCUGAAGUGAGGCUGCAGACACUGCUCAGAGGACAGUGUACAGGUGAUGUGGAGGUGCAGAGUGACUGGAUUUAUGCAACCUUUCAGAUCCCACCACAAGGAAAACUUGAAUCAGAGAUCCAGAAUUUCAACUGCAUCUAUCAUGACUGGGAAUACCUGAAGUGCACCUGGCAGCCAGGUCUCCUCACACCUCGUGGUGUACAUUAUGGGCUAUAUUAUUGGUACGAGGGGCUGGAGCAGGCGCUGCAGUGUGAUCACUACAUCCAGGAGCACGGCGUGAACCUCGGCUGCGUGCUGCACAACCUCAGCCAGGCAGAGUACAGGGAUCUCAACAUUUGUGUCAAUGGCUCAGCAGCAGCCACCCUGCUGCAGCCGCUGUACACCACCCUGCGCCUCCACAACCUCGCACAGCCCUCGGCCCCGGAGCAGCUGGUGCUUUCCGUGUCUGCAGCGCAGGAGCUGCUGGCCGCCUGGAGCCCCCCGGGCGGGCGGGUGCCGCCGCACUGCCUGGAGUACGAGGUGCAGGUGGCAGAAGAUGCGGGGCAAGCCGCGGCUGCCUGGGCGUCUGUUUCGACCCAAAUGGAAACUGCUGUAACAAUUUCCAGAGCAAAUCAAAGCCACGUUUCAUGUGUUCGUGUCAGGGGGAGAACAAACAUUUUUUGUGCUGACCAGGGCUUUUGGAGUGAAUGGACGCAGGAUUGUUUCUCUGUGCCCAGAAAAGAGGACAAGCAGCUAUUUGUUCUCAUUCCAGUCAUCCUGAGUUUGUCAAUUAGCCUCAUAAUAUUUAUGUUGAUUGGCCAGUGCAAGAAGAGAUCCUCAGCAGGAAAGCCAUCGCACACACCUGUGGGAUUUUAACUGCCUGUGC